AUGUUUCAAACAGCUCAGAAUAUCCUGGUGACGGGCACCAGCCAGGGAAUUGGAUUUGGACUGGUGAAAGAGCUGGUGAAAACGAAUCCUUUUCCGGGCCAUAUUUUUGCAACUUGUAUGAACCCUCGUGGACCUGAAUCAAAGGCUUUGCAGAAUUUUGCUAGUCAGCAUGACAACAUUCACGUGGUUCAGUUAGAUGUGACAGACCUUGCCAGUAUAAAGCAGGCUGCAUCAGAAGUGGAAUCCCAUCUGAAAGGACAAGGGCUCAAUCUGCUAAUCAACAACGCUGGCAGAAAUUCCCAAGCCUUUUUUCUGGAAAACGUCGAUCAGGAAGAUAUGUUAUUGUCAUACAAGAUCAAUACAGUGGGACCUCUCCUUGUUGUCAAGGAAUUCCUGCCUCUCCUGAAGAAGGCUGCCAAGGAGAGCACAAAAGAAAACAUGGGAGGCCACACGGCAGUUGUGGUCAACAUAUCUUCUCUCAUUAGCUCCAUUGGGCAGGGUUUUAAAACUGAAAUAGAAUUUCCUCCAUUGUACCAAUAUCGUGCCAGCAAGGCUACAAACUUUGACAAGUGUCAAGGAUUGGCCCCAGAACAUGCCAGGCCUGUUUUCCCCAGCAAUUCUUCCUGCUGUGCUCUUGAAAACCCCAUCGAAGGAUCUGUCACCGAGACAAUGCCUUAA